AUGAUACCCAAGCAUGGGUAUUUGGCGAAUAUUUUUGAUAGAUACUCCACUUCAAUAUACCUGGAGAAUAAAGGCAGUGUUGCAAGAGACCAUUUAGCCAACGAACGUACGUACCUGGCCUGGUUAAGAACAAGUUUAUCUACUAUAUCUGUCGGAAUAGGUAUCACACAGUUAUUUAGAUUGGAGAAAUCAAUGUCUAAAAAUCCAACCCGAGAACCAUCUAUACUAUGGUUUGACGGUAAAAUGACGGGUCUACUGUUUAUUGUGAUUGGUAUGCUUUUUUUGGCAUUUGCUUGUAUUCGUUAUUUUCACGUUCAAGCUGCUUUGGUACACGGCUAUUUCCCUUCAAGUAGAUCAACGGUAGCUAUUGCAAGUUGUGUGCUUUUGUUUCCAAUGACCCUCAUGUUAAUAUCUAUCGCCACUCGAUAA